AUGAACGCAGUACACAUUUUACAAUCAAAGAUGAUGCAAAUGUUCCUUUUUAUCACAGUCCUGUUCACUUAUAUUAAUGCUCAGAACGAUUUCCUCUUUGCCAAACGUCAAUUAGCCAAGCCAGAAGAGGGAAGAGCUUUAUAGGAAACUGGAGACAUUGUACCAAGUGAUGAUGAAGUAUUAAAUUCAGAAGAAGAUGAGCAAAUACCAACUCCAGCACCACCUAUGAAUAGACUUCGUCCACUCUGA